AGACUUGGAUCAUCUCACCAAAGCGGGAGUGAAGGAAGUGAAGAGAGAGCUGCGAGGGAAUAUUUGUUGCUUUUCCCCAUCAUAGUGAGUUGUAAAACUGGAGUCUUCUUUCCAUGACUAAAGAUGGCAUCCUAUUUAGCACAAGAAGUUCAACUUGCUAAAAAACAUGAUGAAAUCCUGUCUCAGAGAUUGGUGUUGCUUCAGCAGAUGGAGAGUCAUCGAGGAGACAAAGAAGCUGAAAAGACAUGGCAAACGCAAGAAGCUGAUGCAGCUCAUAAAAGAAAUGUAUCUUAUACGCCAGAAUAUACUGUACUUUUAGCUGAUAUCGAAGCAGCAGAGAAGAAGCUACACUCACGAGAACACUUACUUCUCCACCCCGAUAUUGUUAAUCUUGAGACUCUUUACUGGGCAAAAGUAGAAGAAGCAAUUCCAAAAUGGAAGCCAUUUUUUUUAGGACGGACACAAGCCCCUGUUGGUGUUAAAACUGUUAAGUUGGCAAAGCAGGACGCAAGUCCCCAAAAAGGAUCAGCACCAAGAAAGCAAAAAUCUGAAUGGGCUCUUGAGGAGGAUUUGCACAGGCCUCCAAAUAUUGGGUCAUAAAGUGGCUUUGUUAAAUAUUUGUUGGAUAAGCACCAAUAAUUCUCAAAGUGUGUUUAGUAGUUCUUCCCCAAAGAGCUAUUAUCUACGUGGAAGUGACUUUCAGAUCAAACAUGGAUGAAACACUACAGGAGGAGAAUUCAGCUGUUCAUCUGCUCUGCCGAGAUG